AUGAACGUGAACUGUUGGGCGACAGUCCUUAAUGAAGGCUUCGUUUCAAGUGUUAUUGCUACCGCUGAUAAACGUGAGCAAGACAAAAUCGAUUAUGAACGUCCAUUAUUGUCUUCUGGAAAUAAAUCAUCAACAAAUGUCAAUAAUAUUUCAUCACUCUUAAAUGAAAUUGAUCUACUGCGUCCGCAUGGCUCAUCGCAUAACUAUGAACAAAUGUCAUAUAAGAAUGUUGAUCAAGUGGAAGAUCGAAGACAUGAACAACGAGUAGCGAUUAUUAAACAAAUGCAAACAGAUAAUGAUUCACGUCAUUGA